AUGUACUGGUCUCGAGCACCGGUCCACGGCAGCGUGCCGCGACGAGGUUUUCGAGCGCAUACAGCCAGCUUGGCCGACGAAAUCGUGUGGAUGUUUGGCGGGUGCGACCUCAAGGGCUGCUUCCGGGAACUGUGGUGCUUCGACACCGAGACGAUGUGCUGGUCCAAGCCAAGAGUGACGGGCGAGCUGCCUCCCUGUCGACGAGCGCACUCGGCCACGAUGGUCGACAAGCGUUUGUUCGUCUUUGGUGGAGGUGACGGGCCUCUCUACUUCAACGACCUGUACAUCUUUGACACCGUCUCUCUACAAUGGAGCAAGCCGAACGUCUCCGGGACGCCCCCGCCGCCAAGACGAGCUCACACGUGCAAUCUGUAUAACGGCAAUCUAGUCAUCUUUGGUGGAGGGAAUGGCGUAGGAGCCCUCAAUGACGUCUGCACCCUCGACGUGACGGAUCCAAACCGACUCGAGUGGAAGAGAAUGGAGUGCAAGGGCAAAGUUCCCAUAGGUAGAGGCUACCACACUUCUAGUCUCGUCGACGGCAAGCUCAUCGUCAUUGGCGGAAGCGACGGCUCCAUGAGCUUCAACGACAUUUUCAUCCUGAGCCUGGACACCCAGGUCUGGCAUCAAGUCAAGACGGAUGAGAUCCACAACCGAUUAGCCCACACGGCGACGCAAGUCGGGUCCUAUCUUUUCGUCAUUGGAGGCCACGACUCGAUAUCGUACACGCCCGAGAUUCUUACCUUGAACCUCGUCAAUCUUCAGUGGGAACCUAGGCGAGUGUGUGGCAGCAAGCCUCCUGGGAGAGGCUACCACCAGGCCUGGUUGCGGGACAGCCGACUCUUUGUCCAUGGGGGCUUCGAUGGAAAGGACGUUUUUGAAGAUUUCUACAUUGUCGAUUUGGGCGCCUCUGCCUACCUGCCCCAGAUUACUUCGUUUAAAGUUGAGCUCGACGAUGUUUGA